CCUAAUAGUUUUCAUAAAUGACCAUAAUUGCAAGAAGAAGAAGUCAUUCAAUUCACCAUGACCCGAUUAUUCAUGCCAGAAAAACUUGGGGUUAUGGCAAAUGGGAUCAAUGUCCGCCACCCAGAAUUCCUAUUUCUAGAAAUGUCAUCAAUUCGUCAAAUUCAAACUACAAAACGAGAAGUAAGAAUCACCAAUUCAAGAAUCCUUCCAAUUUUCAAAGGGUUUCCUACAGGCAAUGUCCUAAGGAUUCCCCGGGCAGUUUCCUCGAAAAUAAACGAACCAAAGGUGGCUGAUGAAAAAACACUGCUAAACUAUGUGCCAGUAUUCGUUAUGCUUCCGCUUGGAGUCAUCACACUAGACAACAUUCUAGAAGAUAAGGAAAGACUUGAUAAACAGCUAAAGAAGCUAAGAGAAGCGGAAGUAGAUGGAGUAAUGGUGGAUGUAUGGUGGGGGAUAGUUGAAUCAAAAGGUCCAAAGAUAUAUAAUUGGACAGCAUACAGAGAUCUUUUCUCUAUGAUUCAAAACCGGGGCUUGAAGCUUCAAGUUAUAAUGUCAUUCCAUCAAUGUGGAGGCAAUGUUGGUGAUGAGGUGGAUAUACCACUUCCUAAAUGGAUACUCGAGAUUGGUGAAUUAAAUCCAGAUAUCUUUUACACAAACAGAGCUGGUAAUAGGAAUAAAGAGUAUCUCACUCUUGGUGUUGAUAACUUGCCUAUUCUUCAAGGAAGAACAGCCAUCCAGAUCUAUAGUGACUACAUGAAGAGUUUUAAAGAAAAUAUGUCUGAUUUCUUAGAAGAUGGAAUCAUUGUGGAUAUAGAAGUUGGGCUUGGACCUGCAGGUGAGCUCAGAUAUCCAUCUUACCCAGAGAAUCAAGGAUGGGUUUUUCCUGGUAUUGGAGAAUUUCAGUGUUAUGACAAAUAUCUUAAAGCAGAAUUCAAGGAUGCAGCAAAAAGUUCAAGGCAUUCAGAUUGGGAAUUACCAGAUAAUGCAGGAGAAUACAAUGACAAUCCAAAUUCAACUGAUUUCUUUAAGAAAAAUGGAACAUACCUUACUGAAAAGGGCAAGUUCUUCUUAACUUGGUAUUCUAACAAGUUGCUGAUUCACGGGGAUCAAAUCCUCGACGAAGCAAACCAAAUAUUCUGCAGCUGCAAAGUCAAGUUGGCAGCGAAGGUAUCUGGAAUCCACUGGUGGUAUAAACACCAUAGUCACGCUGCAGAACUAACAUCAGGAUUUUACAAUUUAAACGAUAGAGACGGUUAUCGGCCAAUAGCACGUAUGCUAUCUCGACAUUAUGCUAUAUUGAAUUUCACUUGUUUGGAAAUGAGGAACUCAGAACAAAUCGCUUCUGCUAAAAGUGGACCUCAGGAACUCGUUCAGCAGGUAUUGAGUGGAGCUUGGAGGGAGAAUGUGGAGAUCGCAGGUGAAAAUGCAUUGCCGCGAUACGAUCGUGCAGCGUACAAUCAAAUGAUUCUAAAUGCAAGGCCAAAUGGAAUAAACCUAAAUGGUUCACCAAAGAGGAGAAUGUACGGGCUAACGUAUCUUCGUCUCAGUGAUGAACUACUUUCCUGGAACAAUUUCAGGAUUUUCAAGACAUUUGUGAAGAAAAUGCAUGCGGAUCACGAGUAUUGUUCAGAUCAAGGAAAGUAUAACAACAAUGUACCUGUAUUGGAGCGAUCGAAACCUAGAAUCACCAUUGAUGAACUUCUGAAAGCUACGGAACCGAUGGAACCGUUCCAGUUUGAUGAAGAAACGGAUAUGAGUGUGGGAGGUGUAAUUGCAGGAAUAGUGGAUAAUUUUAUUGGAGUUGUUACAUUUGUAUUAACUAAUUGAAUAUAAAAAAUAAGAAUGUAUGAUCAUAUAUUUUCAUUUUAAAAAGGGAAAUACUAGGAAAUGGCCCUUAAAAAUGCAGGAAGUGUCGCG